AUGUUAAAAUCGGUUGUAAUCAGACUUGAUAGAAAAGUCACAGAACAAGAGAAGGAAAUUAUUGAUUUGAAAGGGCGAUCCAUGAAAAACAAUAUCCUUAUACAUAACCUGGAAGAAGAAGAAGGCGAAGAUCUAUUCAGCAAAAUCCCCCGCCUGCUAAAUGAACACCUAGAUAUAGACGGAAUAGAGUUCGUUAAUAUCCAUAGGAAUGCGGGGGACAGAAGGCAAGGAGAUAAGCCCCGAGUUAUAACAGGCCGGUUAGUGAGAUUUGAGAACAAAGACCGUUUACUAAAACAACAGAGAAAAAAGAAAGAUGAAGGGAUUACUCUACCAUUCUAUAUCACCCCCCAGUCACCAGUUCAAGUUAACGAAACUCGCAGAAAACUGGUUGAACUCAACAGCAAAUAUUGGAGUGAAAAUAUCAAAACGAGAGUUGUUGGGGACAAAUUGGUUUUCCCGAAUGGGUCUGUUUACAGAUAUAAAGUGAAGACACCAAACGCCGAGGAAAUUCUACAACUUGACCAGAAAGAACAACAGAAACUAGAGGAAAUUGAAGUUAAACGCUCUAACACUCACACAGAAUCAGGAAACCAAAUUAGCGCUGCUGCAGUUGAGGUAGAGACAUAUGCAAAAGUUCGGAACUUCUACAGGAAAAUUUCCAUGGAUCCAGUUUAUGGGCGUGCAAAUCACAAUAUACUGGUAUACCGUUUUAAAGACAAUUCUGGGACUAUACAUGACGGAUACUGUGACGACGGCGAAUUUGGAGCUGGAAGGAAAAUGCUAAAAAUUCUACAAGAUGAAAACUUUACAAAUGUAUCAGUUGUGAUAUCGCGCAUGAUGGGAAAACAUCUUGGUCCGAAACGCUUCGACAUAAUGGAGAAAGCGUUAUUUGACGCCCUCAAAGAACUUCGAUAA